GUUACCAAGCCUAAACUUGUGUUUAGUACUAAUUCUUGUACUCAUACACAAACUUAUUUGCAUCGUUGCACCGUUGCACGGUGGUUUAAGUUAUUUCCUCUCAUAUUUCCUUCGAAAUGGCGGGUGUUAAGGCGGUCGUCUUGGUGGUGCUAUUGGCAACUGCAAUUGGAGCCUUUGCAAAUGAUCCUGACAUGCUUCAAGAUGUCUGUGUUGCUAAUACUGCAUCAGGAAUACUAGUGAAUGGGUUCCCUUGCAAAAACAUCAGUAUGGUAACAGCAGAUGACUUCUUCUUCGCCGGAAUUUCACAACCAGUUCAAAUCACAAGCAAAAUCCUUGGUUCGAAAGUCACUGCGGCAAAUGUCAUGGACAUCCCGGGCCUUAACACCCUAGGAGUCUCUAUGGCCCGAGUUGACUUUGCUCCUUACGGGUUAAACCCACCUCACAUCCACCCUCGGGCCACUGAAAUAAUCUAUGUUCUUCAGGGUGAACUGUUUGUUGGUUUCAUAACUACCGCGAAUAAGCUCAUUUCUAAAGUGGUUAAGGCUGGUGAAGUAUUUGUUUUCCCAAGAGGUUUGGCUCAUUUCCAGAAAAACACUUCCAAAUAUCCAACAGCUGUUUUGGCUGCCUUUAACAGCCAAUUACCAGGCACUCAGCAGUUUGCAGCUGCUCUAUUUACUUCCAAUCCUCCUGUAUCAAACGACAUUUUGGCUCAGGCGUUUAACAUUGAUGAACACAAAGUUGAGAUGAUUAGGGCUGGCCUUACUGCCUAGAAGCAGUACAGAGGUGAUCAAAAUUUGGGUCGGGUUCGGGCUUUGGUCUAAAGCAGUGUUUUUCCUAAGGGAAUUUCGACAAAUCCAAGUUUCAAAUCCUAAACACGUUCGUUAAUAACAUAUUCGAUAAUGAUUUUGUUCAUAAGAAUCAUAGUUGAUUGGAUUUUAUUUUUUUUGCUCAUUGACAAUCCUUUUGUUAUCUGUACUUGAUUUUCAUCCUAUGUUUUUAUUGUUGAAACCAUUGUUUUUCA